UUGGACUGGCCGCUUGCGGGCAGCGAGCGGCUGGCUAGAAUGAAGCGGUGGGGUUGGGCCCUUUGGCUGGCGAGCGCGCUGAGCGCGCUGAGCCUCUGGCCGGUAGAUGGCGCGCAGACCGGGACGGCGGUGCAAAAAGUGCUGCAGAUGUUGGAAGAGAUGAAGGUGAAGGGAGCAGCCGCUAUGGCAGAGGAGGAGGGCCAGCACAAGGAGUACCAGGCCUUCUGCGCCUCGACGCUCGCGGAGAAGCGCAAGGCCGUGAGCGACGGCGCGGACCGCGCGCAGCGCCUGCGCGCGGAGAUCGGGAAGUUCGAGGCCUCCAUUAGCACUCUCGGCAGUGAGCUGGAGGUGCAUGACAAGGAGAUCAGCACUGCGGAGAAGGAUGCUGCGGACAGCAAGGCCCUUAGGGAGCAGGAGGAGCAGGACUUUACCGCUACGCAGAAAGAGUACGAGGAGUCCGUAGCGGCCAUGGGCAAGGCGGUGGAUCUCCUCAAGGCCCAGGCCGGCGCGGGUUCGGCGCUGCCGCAGCUGGCGGCGCUGCUGGAGUCCAAGGCCGUGGCGAGGAAGGCGGCGGCGACUUCCGCGCUGCGGCGGUUCCUGGCGCCGGGCAAGGAGGUCUACGACUUCCAAUCCCAAGGCAUACUGGAGAUGCUGGAGAAGCUGAAGGCGAAGUUCCUGGAAGAGAAGGCUGAGCUAGAGGCCGCGGAGGAGGAUAAGAAGAAGUCCCACACGCUGGUCAUGGCCAGCCUCAAGCAACAGAAGGCCACUGCGCAGGAGGCCAAGGAGGAUAAGACGCAGUUCAAGAGCAAGGCGGCGGAGGACCUGGCCAAUGCGAAGGCCGACCUCCAGGAGACAGAGGCCACCCUCUCGGAGGACACCAAGUACGAGAAUGACUUGGCGCGGGAGUGCAAGACCAAGGCAUCGGAGUACGCUAAGACCUCGGCGCUGCGGGCAGAGGAGCAGGCGGCGGUGAGCAAAGCGCUGGAGAUCAUCGGCGGGGAGAAGGUGGCCGGGGCGUCUUUGGUGCAGCUCCAGGCCGGCACCUCCCUGGCCUGGCUCCGCGCGUCGCCGGCUUCGGCUUCGGCUCCGGCUCCGGCGCAGCUGGAGGCCGCGCUGCGGGCGCUGGACGCGAGCCCGGAGCUGAACCUGGCACUGAAGAGGGCGCGCAAGGAGGGGCCCGACAUGGCGGGGGUCAAGGAGGUCUUGCAGAAGUACCUCACCACCUUGGAAUCCGAGCAGGCGGCCGAGAUCGAGCACCAGGCGUUCUGCCAGCGCGAGCUGGGGAGCAACAACCGCACGCGGCAGCACAAGAGCGCGGCGGUGGAGAGCCUGACGGCGGAGAUCGAUCAGCUGGACGCCUCUCUGGCACAGCUCUCGGAGGAGAUCGCCUCCAUCUCCGCACAGGUCACGGAGCUGAGCGGAGCGCUGGCGGAGGCCCUGCGCCUGCGCCAGGCGGAGCAAGAGAAGCACAAGGCGACCCUGCAGGAGGCGCAAGAGGCGCAGAAGGCGGUGGCGGAGGCGCUGGGCCUGCUGCAGGACGUUUUCUCCAAGAGCUCCCUGCUGCAGCUGAACCAAAGCACGGCCAAGGGAGGUGCCUCGGAGUCGGACCGCCCUUCCUAG